AUGUCUAUGGAGAGUCGUAAAACUGUUCGUAUUCCUGAAUUGUCUCCUCAUCAUUCAGAAACCCAUAGUGAUGACCAGCUCGGAGGAAAUACCUACCAAAUGGAUCCCUUGUUAGAGUUAGAAUUAACUAAAGUACGUUUAGCUCAGACAGAAAAGGAAAUCGAGCUAGAACGGUUACGCCAAAAAGGAAGAGAACAUUAUAAUCAAGUUAUGGUUGACAAGGCGAUGACGUAUGAGUCUACAUCUGUCGUUGAUGUUCCUCCUAGAAAAGACUGGGUAACAAUGAUGUUUAGAGCUUUAGACCUAACAAAAAAAGAGAUUAUAAGGUUUGAUGGUAACCCUAUGAACUAUUGGAGCUUCAUACGGAAUUUUGAGGACUGUUUUGACGAAAGCAUUGGGUUCCGAUCAAGGUUAAACUACUUGAUCCAGUACUGUGAUGGUGAAGCUAAAAACACUAUUGUUCGUUGCGCAUUGCUUGAACCAGAAGGAGGCUAUCGUAAAGCACUGGAACUUCUCGAGGAAGCAUUUGGUCAGAAGCAUAUAGUAGCUCAUGCAUUUAUUGAUAAGAUGCUGCCAUUAAAGGGACCGAUCCAUACAAUUUAA